AUGGACUUCACAGAGAUUUACAAACAGACUGGUGGCCUCGUCUCGUUCAGCCCAGGCGCUCAUUUCAUUCUCACAGCGGUCUCGGACCGUGUCAUCGUUCGGCGGGCUGAUACCUUCCACAUCGCCCGAUCGUGGCUCGUCGAUGCGCUGCCCUCUGCCACCGCGAACGCGUCGACGCGUCGACAGCUGCCCGAACACGCAGACCUGCCCGCGACCGCAAUUACGCACAUUGGCUGGUCCUGCGACUCCGAAUACGUGUUAGCAGCAUGCGCCAAGGCAGGCGUCGUACAUGUGUUCCGCAUGCGCGACGAGGAUUGGAGAACAAAGAUAGAGGCAGGUGCAGAGGGCUUGGUCAAAGCGGAAUGGGCGCCCGACGGCAGGCACGUUGUAUGCUUUUCUGAGUGGGCGCUGAGAGUGUCAGUGUGGUCUCUUGUCAGUGGUCACGCGUCAUACAUCCAGUAUCCUCUACAUCCUGAUAGAGGUUACACUUUCAGGGCUGACGGACGAUAUUUUGUGCUCGCAGAGCGCCACAGGUCCAAAGACACUUUGGGGGUCUACGACGCGUCCGACGCGUAUAAAUUAGCUCGGCACUAUCCAUUACCCACAUCUUCUAUGUCCUCAAUGUCCCUAUCACCGACAGGGAACCACCUAGCGAUCUGGGAAGGUCCCCUCGAGUACAAACUAUACAUUCUAUCGUUAGCAGGCGACCUUUUAGGAACAUUCACUCCCGAUUCCGAUCCAGGCUUUGGAAUUCGAACGGUAGCAUGGCAUCCAUCGGGGAUGUUCCUUGCGGUGGGGGGUUGGGAUGACAAGAUCCACAUCCUAGAACAGCUCACUUGGUCGAGAGUGGCGACCCUCGAGCUAGGUACCCGAAUACCGCCGGGUGUGACGGUAUGGAGAGAACCGGUCAAUUGGAUUGAGGCUACAGAGGGACGAGGGUUUUUGUCUUAUGAACGGCUCAAGGGCCCUCAGCCUCUCUCGACCGUUCGGACAGACCAAUCCAAACCUAAUCUUCGAAGCGGGGUCGUCCAACUCGAAUUUAACCACACAGGGACUGUUUUGCUAGCCCGAUUUGAGAACGUGCCAACGACGAUGCAUUUGUUCACGUUUCCGGCCCCCGGGCAGCCAUUUGUACCAUCUUUGCGCAGCGUUAUGACUCAUACGCGACCGGUUUACCAAGCACGCUGGAACCCAGUGCGGAAAGGCAGUCUCGCGGCAUGUUGCGGAUCGCGCGCGCUGUACGUGUGGAGCGAUGAGUGGGUCGGGGAGGGUGGAGUUGAGGAGGAAAUGGCUGAAUGCGUGGGCGUGCCCGCAAAGUCAUUCGACACACGGGACAUCAAGUGGGCGCCUGACGGAAAAGGUCUUGUGUUGCUGGAUCGGGAAACAUUUUGUUGUGGGUUUGAGGUGCAAGAAGAGGAGGCUCCUGUGAUCUGA